AUGGCGGUUAGUCAAGGUCUUUAUUUCUUUAUUCUUGUUCUAUCCGUUUAUUUCGUUUCCUCCGAUGAACCAUUAACUUUAGGGGCUUUUAACGUCAAGACUUUUGGGAAGAGCAAGAUGUCGGAUUCUACAAAGGCGACACGAAUAGCAGAGAUCACAAGUCGGUAUGAUAUUAUGUUAUUACAAGAAAUUCGUGAUUCAACAGGAUCAAGUUACAGACAAUUACUGUCAAUGAUGCAAGCUUACGGUAACUACAGUAUGUCAAUAAGCGAAAGACUGGGUAGAAGUAGCUACAAAGAACAGUAUGCUUUUUUAUACAGGAGCGAUAAGAUACAGAUAUUGGACAGUUAUCAGUAUGAUGAUGGUGAUGAUGAUGGAACUGAUGUAUUUGAAAGAGAACCUUUCUGUGUUUUAGUUCAUCCUACCAAUAGCUGUACAUCCUUUGGUAUUAUAGCACUUCAUUCUAAACCCACAGCAGCUGUUUCUGAGAUUGGCGCCUUAAAUGAUGUUAGAACGGCCGUUGAGUCCAAGUGGAAUAUACAGGAUGUGAUGAUAAUGGGGGAUUUAAAUGCCGAUUGUACCUAUGCUAGUGAAUCUAGUUUAGCGGAUAAGAAAAUAUAUGGUGAUAAAAAUUACAAGUGGUUGAUAGACUGGUCACAAGAUACAACUACUGGUACAUCACAAUGUGCUUAUGAUAGGAUAAUAUCACGUGGACAAGAACUAGCCAGUGUUCUAGUAGCAAAUUCUCCACAAGUUUAUUUAUUUGAUCAACAUAUGAAUUUAUCUAAAGAACAGACAUGGGUUUUAGAUGUCCACCACAAAUGCUAA